ACUCAUAUCAGCACAACCGGAGCAGUUUUCAAUGAAUUACCCAGCAGCAACAUGCGCUUCGCAACGCCUGCCCUGAACAACACCGCAAACUAGGAGACAAGGUCCAUUUCUACUUCUUCAUAUCUUCUCCUCUAAACUCUGAAACUCGUGGAGGAGUAAGAUCAUGGCCCGCUUUUCCUCUGUCUUUCUGAGUUUCUUCCUGCUCCUGUCUCUGCCCUGGUCCUGCUCUCCUGAAUCCCAGAGGGAAGAGCCGUCUAUCCAGCCCUCCAUCAUUCCGGAAGAUUCCACUGAGCUCUACAGUAACCUGACGGAUGAUGGCGCUGCGCUCAACAAGCCCUGCAGUGACCCAGUGGAGUGUAAACCUGGGAUCAUCCUGCCGGUGUGGAAACCCGUCAAUCCCGGUCUGACGGAGCAGAUUGUCCGUGCCAUCAUCUACUUCGUAUCACUCAUGUACAUGUUUCUGGGAGUGUCCAUCAUCGCUGACAGAUUCAUGGCGUCUAUUGAGGUCAUCACGUCACAGGAAAAAGAGGUGACCAUCACCAUGCCGAAUGGAGAAACCUCAGUGGCCACAGUGAGAAUCUGGAAUGAAACAGUGUCCAAUCUGACUCUAAUGGCGCUGGGAUCAUCGGCUCCUGAAAUCCUCCUGUCGGUCAUUGAGGUGUGCGGUCAUGGUUUUGAAUCUGGAGAGCUGGGUCCGGGCACCAUUGUGGGCAGCGCUGCCUUCAAUAUGUUUGUGAUCAUUGGCAUCUGCGUGUGGGUGAUUCCUGACGGAGAAGUGCGCAAGAUCAAGCAUCUCAGAGUCUUCUUCAUCACUGCCUUCUGGAGCAUCUUCGCUUACAUCUGGCUUUACCUGAUCCUGUCCGUCAUCUCACCUGGAGUCGUGGAGGUAUGGGAAGCUCUGGUCACUCUCUGCUAUUUCCCUGUCUGUGUGAUUCUGGCAUGGAUUGCUGACCGGCGCCUGCUUUUCUACAAGUACAUGUCCAAGCGCUACCGUGCAGACAAAAGGACAGGGGUUGUCGUGGAGACGGAGGGGGAAAUGACCCCGAAAGGGAUGGAGAUGAUGAUGGACGGCAAGUUUCCACUGAGAGCCGGAGCCAUAGGGAUCGGCACACAGGAACAUUACCAGGAUGGGACCGGCAACACAACCGGCACCAUGGCAACGCUACCCAACUCAAACAGCACCACCGUUUACAUGGACGGUGCCAAGGACCUGGACGAGAGCCGCAAAGAAGUGAUCCGUAUCCUGAAGGACCUGAAGCAGAAAUAUCCAGACAAGGAGUUGGAUCAGCUGGUGGAGUUGGCCAACUACUACGCCCUCCUCCAUCAGCAGAAAAGUCGCGCCUUUUACCGCGUCCAGGCCACGCGCAUGAUGAUCGGGGCUGGGAAUGUGCUCAAGAAACAUGCGGCCGAUCAAUCUCGCCGUGCUGUGGUGGUAGGUGGAGAAGAAGCGUUGGAGGAAGAUGACCUGGCUGUCUGCAGUCGCAUUUCCUUCGAGAGCCCACACAGCCAGUGCAUGGAGAACUGCGGAUCCAUCAUGAUACCUGUGGUUUGCCGUGGAGGUUUAGGGGAGAGUACUUUUUAUGUCGACUACUGUACUGAAGACGGCACAGCCAACGCCGGCUCAGAUUACGAGUACUGUGAAGGAACGCUGGUGUUCAAACCAGGAGAAACCAGGAAAGAUAUUAAGUGUGUGUUUCAGAGCACCGUUGACAAGCUGAUCAAGAAGACCAACCUGGCGCUGGUGAUAGGCACACACUCCUGGAGAGAGCAGUUUGUGGAGGCCGUGACGGUCAGCGCAGGUGACGGUGAUGAAGAUGACGAGGAGGGUCGAGAGGAGCGUCCGCCGUCCUGCUCUGAUUACGUCAUGCAUUUUGUGACGGUCUUCUGGAAGGUUCUGUUUGCGUUCGUCCCUCCCACCGAGUACUGGAACGGCUGGGCCUGUUUCUUGGUCUCUAUCACGGUGAUCGGGCUCCUGACGGCCGUCAUCGGGGAUCUGGCGUCGCACUUCGGCUGCACUGUGGGCCUGCGGGACACCGUCACCGCCGUGGUGUUUGUGGCGCUCGGCACUUCCAUACCAGACACAUUCGCUAGCAAAGUGGCUGCAAACCAGGAUCAGUAUGCAGACGCCUCCAUCGGAAACGUCACUGGCAGCAAUGCCGUCAAUGUGUUUCUGGGUAUCGGAGUGGCCUGGUCAGUAGCAGCCGUGUACUGGGCCGUCCAGGGAAAGCGCUUUUACGUGGACCCCGGAUCUCUGGCCUUCUCCGUCACCCUCUUCACUAUCUUUGCCUUCAUCUGCAUGGCGGUGCUGCUGUUCCGGCGCCGGCCGUCGAUUGGAGGAGAGCUGGGCGGCCCUCGAGUCUCCCGACUGCUCACUACACUCCUGUUUCUGGGGCUGUGGUUCCUCUACAUCCUAUUCUCCAGCCUGGAGGCCUACUGCCACAUCGAGGGCUUCUGAACAGCUAUUUAUCCCACAUGCACUGAUGUUUACCCUCAAAUCGAGAGGCUCCGUUUUACGUGACACACAAAUUUGCACACACACUUUAAGAAAACACAUGAAUUGCUGAACGCACUACUAAUAUCAGUAGGAAAUCUGAAGUUGUAGGAAUGAAAAAAGAGGAAGGAAGCAAAGCAUGUAGCAAAAGAGGGCAACACUGAGUGUAAUGUAGUAAAAAAAGGAACGAUGCUGUAAAAUAGUCUUACAUCUUUUGGUCUCAAGGGCAGAAUUGACUUUCGUUUUGCAUUGUCACUUAACAGGUUUUUAUUUCUGGUUCAAGGGCACAAUAAAUCAGAGUAGAGAUUUAAAAAAGAGUCCUCAGAACUUUAGUGACGCUAAUAAAAAUGCACAAGCGUUAACAGAUCAGCAGUUUUGCUUCAGCUCUCUGCAUCUAAAGCGAUCGCUGCUAAUACAACCACAGAGAUCCUGAGCUAAAGCCAAGACAGGCUGGGCAACACGCUGGACUUCAAGCAUGCGGAAUUACUUCAGAGCCUGCAAAGUAAAUAAGUCACGCUCUAGAACUUAUUAUUUUAAGAAAUAAUACAAUUUAAAUAACAAUGUGCACCAAGUUGACAGUAUUAGAAUCAAAUGAGUAUCAUAUCGCGAUAAAAUAUUUGUUUACACUGUCAGAAGUGAACGGUUUAUAAUCAUCGAGUGAUCAAACACUUUCAGUUGUGCCCUGUAAUGGUAGAAAUUGUUUACAGUUUGUCAAAUAGCGAGAAAAGUAGUCGAACAUUAGGCUAGAGUAGGGCAGGGACAGUUUGAAGACUAUACGACAUAUACAAUUAGUUUUACAUGAACACACAUCUGCUCAGCGUUAUGAUGCCUCUACAACUGGGAUCUUCUAAAAUGGAACACCGCUCUCAUCAUAUGACAUCAUGGUUGGAAUCUUCAUUCGUUCUGUGCUUUCUGUUGCCUGGAGACAACGGAACUCUCUCAGUGUUCGCUUUUAAAAGUGUCAGCGCAAAGAAAACAUCGGCAUCAUCUCCAUAUCUCCAGCAUCAUGUCCAAUCGGAGUACAGGAAUCGUGUUUUCCACAUUGAGGAAUUAAAAGAUGUCUCUCGUGAUGUUUGCGGUGGCUCAUCGGUCCCCUCAAACUAAACUAUGGGAGUUUAUCUUGUAAAUACAGAUUUAUUAGGAGGACAAAUGAUUUGUCAACUUUAAUACGGUGCAAAAAAAAAAAAACUUAUGAGUGUUCACGUUCAUUUACGAGUUCUCAUUACAAACAUUGAAGUCCCUGUACAGUUUCUUGGCAUUGUGUAAACCUGUCCGGGGCUGCUCGAACUACAGCGAUUGAUGAUUUAUUGAGCUGCGCAUUGAUUGGUUCCUUAGCUGAUUAUUGUGCGUGGUGCUGAUUGGUCCCUGACAGAUUCACAAUAAAAUUGUUGUUUACGUGUGGAGCACUCAGGAUUGUGUUUGUACGUACGUUAAGGAGAAUUGACGUGUUUUUAUGUCGUCGGCUCAUCUGUCUGUAGGUGUUUGUACAAAAAAAAGCUGUGUGAUGUGUGUGUGUACUGUACCUGUGCUGUUCUUCAGGGCUGGACUUUUGUCUGUGGUCUAGUCAUUCGAAAUGCAUGAUGGAGAACUAUAUUGACAGAUCUGUAAUGGCAUGCUUUGACUCUGAAGACAUGCAUGAAUUUGAAGUUUACAAUGUUUGUUGCUAAAAGGGACGAGAUGAGAGAUUCUGUUUGAAUAGGGAUGGCUGCCUGUGUUGGGUCUUGCGUGAUAUUUUGUUGUGAGGUCAGAAAAUGAACAGUUAAUUUAUUUAAGAGUGGAUCAGGAUGUCCUAUUCUUUUCAAGAAUAUCUUGUGAGGAAAAAACAACACAAUUGAUCUGCAUUUUCAAGAAAAAACGCCUAGCGUUUGCGUAGUUUUCACAAGAUCCAUGCCUUUGUUUACAGUUCAGCAGAGAGAAAUGUGCUCUCUAACUUACAGUAGAUGUGUGAAUGAAGCAUGCAAUGUUGUGUUACACAUGCUCAAAGUCAGCAUCCACUGGCUUAAAUAGACUGUUAAUCACCAAGUAAAAAAUUCUCAAUGGGAGAUAAUCAUAUGCUGUGUCCCAAUUCGCAUACUAUCCAUCCUGAAUUAUAUUGGAAAACAAAAUGAGUGCAUCCCAAAUCACUAGUGGUUUAACGCAGUGUUUCCCAACCCUGUUCCUGAAGGCACACCAACAGUACACAUUUUCAACCUCUCCCUAAUCAAACACACCUGAAUCAACUUAUCAUAACAUCAGAAGAGACUCCAACACCUGAAGUUAAUGGGUCAGAAA